AUGACAGAUUUCAGACUGUUACAGUAUUUAGGCAACGCGAUAAAUUUCUCUCGUGCAACAUGUAACCUAUACGUAUUGCAGCAGUUCGUAACAAAUGUGUCGCAAACUGCGGUAUUUCGAUCGCGCGUGCCGAAAUGUCCCGGCGGAUGCGGCGGUAAAAUGAUAGAUUUGACCCCCGUAAAAUUUCUCAUUUGCCUGAAAGAACUGAUUGUUGUAGCGCAGCCUCUCACGACAAUCGUGAAAUGCGUGCUGCCGACAGUGAUCGGGCAAUUGACGGGGCCGAGAUCUCUACGAUGGGCGCGAAAUGUCCUCUUUAAUCUCGCUACCCCAUUUCGUGCGAUAUAUCCUCUUAUCAGCACGGCAUGAAUAAGGACAAAAAUGAAGAAACGUUAAUAUAACGACACUUUCGUUAGCGUUAUCGUGGUAAGCAUUACUUGUGCGGAAAAAGAAGUAAAAGGAACCGCGGGAAAAUGUCUGAUAAAGAGGUAUACAGUCGCUCGCAAUUACAUACAUCCCGUUUGCGUUCUAUUUUUACCUAUUCGGCACGAUAUUUCUGCUGGUGGACUCAUAUGCCGUGGCAACGAAAUUGCCUUCCACGAGAUGUACGUAUAGCGUUUGCCAUUACCAUCAAGUGUAUUUACCGGAGGAAGCGAUGGCAUUGCAAGCACGCGCCAGAGGAAUGUCCGAUCUCUUGGAAGGCGUCGCGAGACAUCGCCGGAAGAACGUGAUUCAUUUCAUAGUUGGCAGAUAGCACGUGCGGAAUCAUGACUGCGAAUAAGAGGAGAAGAAGCGAGCCUGCUUAUUCGGGAUAAAAUCGGCGCGCGGUGAACGGACGGAUUCGAUCGGUGACACUAUCUAACGCGGAUCGACCGGGCGAUCUGAUGAAACGCGCGAAGUAUGGAAUUUUCGGGCCGAUAUAUCGUGAAGAUCGACAACAUCACGGAACUGAUGAUGAACCUGAGCGAGUCUGAGUAUGUGAGAUUGAUCUGGGGACCGAAGCAUCUGCCGCUGAAGCUCGUGCUGCCGAUUACCUUCGUCUACGUCGCGAUCUUUGUCACUGGCGUGUUCGGCAACGUGGUCACCUGCAUCGUCAUCAGGCGGAAUCCCGUCAUGCAAACCGCCACCAAUUAUUACCUGUUCAAUCUAGCGAUAUCCGAUCUGCUUCUCUUGAUCCUCGGACUGCCUAACGAAUUAAGCGUGUUUUGGCAGCAAUAUCCAUGGACACUUGGUGUAGGUUUGUGCAAAAUACGAGCGUACGUUUCAGAAAUGUCGUCUUACGUGUCGGUGUUAACGAUAGUGGUGUUCUCGUUGGAGAGGUAUCUAGCGAUAUGCCAUCCCCUGCACUUGUACGCGAUGAGCGGACUGAAACGACCUAUACGAUUCAUCUUAGGCGCCUGGCUACUGGCCCUCAUCUUCGCCCUACCCUUCGCCGCUUACACCACCGUCAAUUACAUCGAGUAUCCGCCGAGAUCCGGCCGUCAUUCCGAGGAGUCGGCAAUGUGUGCCAUGUUGCUGCCUAACAUGCCCAAGUUCCCGCUUUACGAGCUCAGUUGCCUCAUAUUCUUCCUCGUUCCGAUGCUGUCUAUAGCGGUGCUCUACGUGAGGAUGGGCCUGCGAAUACAAAGCAACGGUCUCGGACGCAGCAUCGAGGGCUCCGUUCACGGAGAAACGAGGCAGGCUCAAUCACGAAAAGCCAUCAUCCGAAUGCUCAGUGCGGUCGUGGUAACAUUUUUUAUCUGCUGGGCGCCCUUUCACGCUCAGCGCUUAUUGUACGUGUAUCAGGUGUCGGCCUUCGACGACAUCAACGACUGGCUGUAUCCGCUCGGCGGCUGCCUGUACUACUUCAGCACCACCGCGAAUCCGAUUCUGUACAACGUGAUGAGCGCCAAGUACAGGCUCGCUUUCAAGAAAACGCUCUACUGCACACCGGCGAGCCCCACCAUCACGAGAGACGAUCUCAGCAGUAUGAAAGAUAGCACGGUGUGCGGAUGCGGAUCCAGAAGGGGGUCCCAGCUGGUUCGCGUAAGAAGUGUACACUAUCAACGUAGCAUCAGAUGCAAUGUGUCGCACGCGAGCGCGAUGCUCCGUUCGCCGAUAAGACUGCGUUACGACGACGAGGACGACGAUGUGAGCCACUGCGACGCGGAGAGCAUGCCGUGCGACGUUCUAAGUCCUGACAUGCAGUCGCAAGACGCCAGAGUCUCCUUCGUCGCGCAUUCAAGUAACGGCAGGACGAAAUAUCGGUCGGACGAAAAAACGAGAGACGGCGGCUCACCGAACGCGGCAAACGAGACGUGUAUCUGAUUCCCGGCUUAUCUCGGCGGGAAAAGGAAGAAACGUUGCGGCGCAAGGACCGUAAGAACCACUUGCGAUCUCGACAAGAAACCACCGUGUCGUUUCCGUAUGCACGACGAGAUUGAAGUAACGGAUGCUGCGCAUUAUCCCACGUCGAAGGGCAACCAGACGCAGAUGUGUCGCAAUAUCCUUCCUGAACAUCGCGACAAGAAAUCGAAGUUCGUGGAAAGUUGCAUUUAAACGACAUACAUUCGCAAAUCUCACAAGCGAAAUCGUGAAGUGUUAGUGUCAAAUCAAAAAAAAUUUGGCAAUAUCAGUAAGUUAUAUUGAUUUACUACAAUACUGAACGUUACAAUCUCCAGUGAAGUUUUCGCGAAGUUAAUCAAAUUCCUCCUUGUAUUAAUUAAAUGAAUUAAUUAAUACGAAGUGUACUUUGUACGUAAAUUUACGCUAAUAAAGGAAAUACAAAUGGGGAAAUCAA